UUUAGAUUUAAAGUAGCACCAUUUCCGAUGGUCCCUUUCGCUCAGAAUAACUUCUUAGACAUUAUUCGGCAUGCAUUUUUUCUAAAGUUGAAUAGAGGUUCUUCCGGUGUUAGUUUUUAUUUUUCCAAUGUAUUCCUAUAGAUCACGGAGUAUGGUUGCCUAGUGACGUCAUCGCCCCAGUAAGUAAGAGUCCCACUCUUUUGGAGCAGGCUGUGGAAAGAAAUCGCACAGGAUGCUUUUCACCCACGGUCCAGACUGUUACAGACAUCACUCAAAUUUUAUGUCCGCGACACUCGGCCAAAUGUGAAAGUGCGUACCGGACGAUGUUUCGAAAAGCGACGGUGUUUAAGAGAGCCGACGAUGAAAACGUGGACUCCGGAGACGAAACUGCCGAAUCUGACUGCAGCAGGAUGUCAUCAUCUGGCAUGACCCCAGCUGAGCUAAUGAGCAGGCGGGCUGAGCAGCAGCGGCAGCAGCAGCUCCUGCUAAUGAACCUACAUCUGCUGGCCAACCCUGGAGACUCCCUACUGCUGCAACACACCCUAGAUCGCCUCCUGCGCUGGCUCUGCCCGAGCCUGCGCAUCUUCCAUGUGUCAGAGCGGGCCUCCCCAUUCAGCCUCUGUCCCAUGCCAGGCUACCCUUCUCUGGCCAUCACUUUCUUCCUCCAUGAGGCCUAUGGAGAGGAACGAAUCCUCAAAGUGCUGGACUUCUUUCAAAGGCCUCCUUGGCAAUACCAUCACACUGAGAACUGCAGCAACCGGACUGGUGGGAUCCACAUUACCUCUAGCAGCCCCAGUGCCAACACCCUGCUGUGGCCCUACCUCUUGCCCAGCAGAGACUUCUAUAGUUUGGGUGCAGGGAUGCCUGUGUGGGGGGUUCGGCCGGUGCACUGUGGAGGAGAAAUCCUACGUGUGACCCUGUACAGUGGCUAUGACAACUAUGAGGAUGCUGUGCGGCUCUAUGAGACGGUGCUGCAGCGACAGGUGGAGGAACAGAAGACGGGUUUCUGCUGGUUCACCCUCCACACAGAGCCAGGGUUGUGCCUGCAGCUGGCUUUGAAGCAGCUAUCACCAGGUGUUCGGGUGGAGCCAUGCAGCUGUGCCGUGCUGCAGUUUAGUGUGGAAGAAAUCGGCCAGCUGGUUCCACUGCUGCCCAACCCUUGCACACCUAUCAGCACCACACGUUGGCAGACGGAAGACCUGGAUGGCAACAAGGUUCUCUUCCAGGUGAAAACCCCAGCUCAGCCUCCGCAAGCUCUGACCUGCGCUUUCCCCCUGAGCUGCCCCAGCCUAACCCUUCGUGUGAUGCAGCCCCGGAGCUUGGGACAGAGCUGCAGCCUCCCUGCGCCCCUGUCCUGGCAAACACACAGGCAAGGUCACAGACUGCAGAGUGACCCUGUCCAGGAGAAGGUUCCAGGUGGAGGUGGCAGAGCAGAGAUCUUUGGAGCAGGAAGCUGCUGUAGCACACCUCCUGGCAGCUCCUGUUACUCCUCCCAGGGCAGCAGCCCUGCACCACCCUCGACUUCCAAUCACCCUGACUCUCCUCUGCGCCCCUCCAUCACCCGUUCUCUCUCUCAUCUCCUCCUGGAGGAGGACAAGGAGAAGCUAGAGACCAACGUAGACACAGGAGUCCUGGUCUCACCUCGCACUGACGCAGCAGUCGACACAAUGACUCGCUCUUCCUCCUCAGACCUUUUGAUGAAUCUCAGCUCAGAGAGACACGCAGCUGUUGAUGGUCCAGCCAAGGAGAUGAGUAAACGCCUUUCACAGACACACAAACACUCUCUAGACUCCUCCACCACAUGGGGCUCUACUGGUUGUACACAUGCAGCCAAGGAGGACCGUGGCAGCUGGACCAUGGCAGCAGGACAAAGCCUUUCCAAAGAACCCAUGGUAGAGAACAGGACUAGUGCUGAGAUGCUGUCAGCACACACAGAUAAAGGGGAGCCUAUCGAUGAGUUCUUCAUCUGAAUUCUUGCCACCACGCUACAUGCUGUGAUAAUCACAGUGCAAUUAAGAACAUAUUGCACAAAGGACACAGUGACCACUUGAAGAUGAGAAACCCUUUAAUGAGGAUCAGCUGUGUGGUCUGACAGAGAAGCACAGAGGAAACCACCUUCCACUCAGAGGUGAUAUGGUGUCUAAAAUCUGACUUGUCCUGUAAAUUUCCACAACAGACAUUAACAGAAUAACCAUACAACUCCUACUGUAACACCUGCCAAGAGAGUGGUACAAGGUAAGUGAUGUUUUAAGACAGUUGUGGGGUGGCUGGAAGCAGGUCGUCCCAUAACUCUACGGUUGGCGGCUUGAUUCCCAGCUUCUCCAGUCCACAUAUCUUAAUGUCCUUGGCCAAAACCUUGAACCCCAAGUUCCUCCCCGAGGCCAUCAGUUGAUGUGUGAAUGAAUGGGCAGCACUAUGAGAGGGUAGAAAAGCACUAUACAAGUACAAGUCAAUUUACAGUGCAAAUAGUAAUUAUUGUUAACCAUUCUAUUUCUUUAUCAUAGUUGGAUCCAAAUGAGUUGUGCAGCUUUCGUGCUAACUUAUAGCCUCGCAAAUAGCAAACGCAAAGGAAAUGCUCUCUAUGCUACUGUCGGUAUUAAUGCCAGUCUAGGUUUCUGCUGCAUUACCCCACGGGGCAAGCUGAUGUCUUUUAGAUUGAUGAUGUCAGUGUUGAUCUUGAUAAGAAAGCUGAUUUAAUCUACUCUCCACAAUGCAACACUGUCAGCCUGAAACCAGGUUUUGCAUAGUAAAGGUAUGAUCACAAUUAUUUAAAUGCACUUCAAAUGAUCAUUGCUGUAGUACAUGUGAAGUAAAGAUGGCCAAAUUACUGCAUUGUAGAGAAUUGAAAUGUUCAAUUUGUUUCCUUAAGCUAGAAUUAAAUAACUAAAAAAAAAAUUGGACCUUUAAAAAAAUCAUGGAAAAUAGUUUAUUAUUAUAAUUAUUUGUAUGUAUGGUGUCCAAAACUGCCCAAAUGUAACCUAAGCCUGAAACUUUAUACUUGAGUUUUCACUGUGUUUGUCCCUUAGCUUAUUGCAAUUAACUUAAUCAUGUAUUGAACUGAUGGCUUCAAACAGAUGAUGCACAGAGCUCACAUAGUGAUUAUAGCUGUUUAGUAUAGAAGCACAUUGCAUUCAACACAAAAUCUCUUAAUUAUGAGAUCUCUUCUUGUAAUUGAGGUAAUGCAGGGGUUGGAACGCUGCAGAACUUACGUGAAAAUCAUCGUUUUAACAAAUUUAUUAGCAUCAGUAAUUUGACAGUUGCCAAUAUCUCCAGUAGUAGUGCACAGCAAAAGUGAACUGUUAAGUGUUCCAAAACAUAAACAAAUAUAGGCUAAAACAGGACUCCAAGUUGCUGUCUGCUGUGUAUUUCAGUAUAUACAUGUACUGAGCAGGCCUUGGAAAGCUUCAGACCCUGCUUGAGAAAUAUUGGGUGUAAAAUUUCUCCAGUAUUUAUGGAAUUCUCGCAGCAUAUCGUGCUUGGCAAAAUUUACUGCAGAUUGCUAAUUCAGCAUACUUGAAUGUUUAAAAAUGUAAACAAAUAAGCUAAAAAGAGCACCCAAGCUGCCGCCCACAGUAAGUCAUUACAUUUAGAUCUAAGGCAACAUGAUACUCUUUGUUGUAAUAGUAUCUGUCCACAUGAUUGAACUUUUACGAUUCAAUGUGACAUUUUCCAAAAUACUAUGUUAAAAAAAACAAACUUUCAUUCUAUAGCUAACCUAUUUGUCUUCUUAAACGACAACCAUAAUGUAUCCUAGCCUAUUACAAAUCCUGACAGUUAUAAGAAAACAAAUGUUAAUAGUUUUUGCUCAGGCAAACAUAACUUUGACAAGAAAAAAGUAUGGGCUGUGCAAUGUUGCUAUGGAUACAGUGUCUGGGUUGCAAUUGGGAGCUGGUUUUAGUCUAGACUAUGUUUGUUUACAUUUUGGAACAACAAGUAUGCCCAAUUAGAUAAUAGCAGUUAAUUCUGGUAUGUAGGAUGUUCCGUUAGAAUUACAUAAAUAUUGCAGAAAUCUUUAAACCCACUCAAGCAGCUUCUGAAGCUUUCCAUCUCCUGCUCAGUGCAUGUAUAUAGUGAGAUACUGUCAACAGCAACUUGGAGUCCUGCUUUCAGCCUGUAUUUGUUUGUUUUCGAACACUAAAUAUGCCAAAUUAGCUACUUUAUUUUUACUGUGCAAUACUGGAUGUACUGACAACUAUCACUGAAUUACUUGGAUACCAAGAUAUUAAGACUUGAUUUUCAGUCAUAUGUAGGAUUCCAACCCCUGUAUUCUCAGCUUAAAAAAAAAAACAAUUCAUAAUUGUGAGAUAAUAAAGUCAUCACAACAAGGCUUUAAACUUUUUCUUCUUUGGUGAAUGCAAUGCGCUUCUGUAGUUUAGGGUCAAGUCUGAUUAAAUACUGUCAAACAAUAUACAUUUCAUGACCAAACUUAAUAACUCGGAUCACACUAGUCCACAUCUUUUCUUAUUAAGAAACUUUCAGCUGUGGCCAAGGAGCUUCCAGUUUUAACCUACAUCCAAAAAAAAUUUGGCUUUAAGAGAGAAGUUGCUUGCUGGUCAACAGGACACCGUGGCUGUGCAGGGCAGCUCAAAGAUGGGAAUGUGUUUACUGUUAAUGGGUGUUACUUGAGGAAAGCAAGUGUGCUUAGUGAGGCAGCAUCGACUCUGUGGCUCUUUGUCUAAAGUGUUCAGCCAUGCAGAGAAAUGUCUUAAAGCUUAGUAUUAAAACCAGCAGUACAACAUGGCUCCUUGUUGUCACAUAAUUAAGGCUAAUGGUAUAUUCAAAUGUUUCUACCGAAUAAAAUUUUAUGGUUCAAUGUAUCGCAUUGUCUGAAGUUUCUACCACUGUGUCAGACACUUUGCCAGACUUUACUGCACUCCUGAACAAAGUGACAACGUGUUUGGGCCUUCUACAGAGGGAACACACACUCACCAAAGUAACACUGCCCAGGCACUUUAUCACGCCUAUACAGUUGUAUGCAAUCCAGUGCAACACUUCCACCUUAACGCCUGUGUUUUUGGUGAACUUGCCCUAAAUGUAUAAAUUCAAUUGUGUUCAUUUUUGAGAUCAUAGUUAAAGGUGGUGUACUGGACUACAUUAUUCAGAGGUGUUCCUAAUAUUCUGACCCUCUCAUGUAUAUAGCUGAGGAGUCACAUGUAGUCCAGGUACAACACCACCUUUAACUAUGAUC